AUGCCUCUAUCGCCGUUUCCCAUGAGACCAUUACCCGAGACGUCCAUCCUCAAGAAGGGUGACCCUGCGCCGCCGCCACUAGACCCUCGAGCUUUUCCCAGGUUGUCUCCCAGUCAGCUUCCGGAGAAUGCGGUUGACGACGAUGAGGACGAGGACAUGCUGCCUCCCGCCUCGAUGAUUGCGAUCCUCCCAAUAAAGUCAAGGCCAGGGAACAUGAGGCUUCCACGGUACCCCAAGAAUCUCAACUCUAUAGUUCACGAUCAGUGGCAGAGGGCACCUACCCAGCCAUUUAAUCGCCCUCCUAACCCCAAUCAGAAGCAUCUUCAGCGCAGGCUGCCCGAGGAGACAGGCCUCCAGAAUGACUCAGCAGCUGGCGAAGGCAAUGCCGUUGGUCGACUACUCCGCUCACAGUCGGAUACAACAGUAUUCGGAAGCAAUCCCGGAAAUAACCCAAUAAGUAACAUCCGUUCCAGUUCCCAACAGACAUUGAUGGAAUACGACGCGGAUAAACCCCUGCUACGAGUUGUCGGCUUCGAAUACUCUCCGAAUCCACAGGCUCGCUCAUCCCUGGUGGUGGCGGCCUCGCCCUCCGGGUCCGACCAGCAAAGAGACUGCCGCCGAAUUGAAUUGCAUACCCUAACGUACGAUCCCAAUCGCGGCAAUCCUAACGUUGUUCUUUUCGGCUACGAUAUUUUCAGGCUUUAUGAGGAGCUACCUGAGCCAGUAUAUCUUUACCUCUGCAUUGACGAUUAUGAGGGCGAAUCCCUAUUCACACAAUCCCAGAUUUUCGACUCGUUAAAGCAACACACAUAUCAGCCAGAAACUAGAGAAAUAUAUAUUAAUGACGGUGAUAUAACUAUUCUUCUAGAGAACCCUUAUAGGGCAGAGGGGAGAAAGGAUCGGAGGGCUGCCGAGGUGGCGAGCUUUGCAAAGCUUAUAGUCGACAAGGCGGGUGUGAAAUUUUCUCGUUCACCUACAGAGGAUAGUAUCAUAGGCAAGGUCCUGGGGAUGUAG